AUGGGUAGGCUCGUGCGGACAAAUGCAGGUAAAGUCAGACGGUUUUUAAGCGUCCCAGUCUAUUCUAUUUUUCAUUUACUUGGUACUGAGGCGGGAGUCUCCAAAGAUGCCCUGUUUCUGAGAGUAGACUGGGUGCCCCUAGUGCGUUUGAAAUGCUCUGAGAUCUCUAGUGGAACGAAGAAGCAGGAGAGGAAGAAGCUCUCAGCAUCCGGCUUCGGCUGUGGCAACACGGGACAACCCCACACU